AUGAAUGGUGACUACAAGACAUCCAAGGAGGCGUUUGUAUCUGGAACAACUGGCUCAACUGUACUACAUAUCAAUGCGAUAUGUUCUGUUGCACUGUCUUCAAUAGCACUUCAUUCAGCACUUACCUCCCGCGUGGCAGUUUUCCGAUCCACGCCGUUCUUUGUGGAAUGGAUACUACUGUCCGUACCUCUGUUGUUGUCGAUGACAGUUUAUGCGGAAGCGCCGGGUGCACUCUCCGUGCUGUUGUUAGUUGCGACAGCUGUCCUCUUACUUCUUCCCGCGAUUGAAAACGGAAAGGCUCUCCCAACGCAAGUUGAUGAUGGUACCACAUUCGUUGGCGACACGGGUCAUCGAUCUGCGUCACAAGCAUCUUUACCACCUCUUCCGGCUUUGUCAACGUAUCGCGCACACAUGAUGCUUAUGACAGCGCUAUCCAUCCUGGCUGUCGACUUCCAAGUAUUUCCCCGAGCUCUUGCAAAGUGUGAAACUCACGGCGUAUCAUUGAUGGACCUCGGCGUUGGAUCUUUUGUCUUCUCGCAAGGUAUCGUCUCUGCUAUCCCUUUGCUGAAGGAUCCAUCCCACCUCCGUAAAUCCUUCGGCUACAAGCUAUUCAACACGUUAAAGAGGGUUACCCCCGUGGCAGUACUUGGCCUAAUACGCCUGAUGGCGGUCAAGGGCGCUGACUAUCCCGAGCAUGUGACGGAGUAUGGCGUACACUGGAAUUUCUUUAUGACACUUUCACUUCUGCCCGUAUUCGAGGUGCUCACACAUUGCUUGAUUUUGCACAUGCCUGUUGCUCUUCUAGGGCUCUGGAUUGGGGUUGUACAGCAGUGCCUCUUGUCAUUUGCUGGCUUUGGAGAUGUCUUACUCAAUGCGCCACGAAGCAAUAUUGUCUUUGCAAACAAAGAAGGUUUGAUCUCCCUACUUGGGUACCUCUCAAUUCACACUAUAGGUUUGUCCAUCGGCACGACCAUUCUUCCACCUAGACCGUCUUUCUUCCGAAAGAAUAUAGCGCUUCUGGAUGAUGGUAGGAGGACGGGUAUAGAUCUCGUCGCUCCGCGACAAGCCACGAAGAUUGUAGCUGAACUCUUUUCAUACACUUUUAUUUGGUGGGGGUUGUUUGCGUUCGUCCGACUGAAACUAGAUGUGUCCAGAAGAAUGGUGAACUUGCCAUACAUCUUAUGGGUCUCGGCUUUCAACACGUCAUAUGUUCUUUUUUUUUUCCCUACUCGAAUCUCGUGCGUGAAGGAUUCCUCCGACCCCACCGGGAAGCGGUUCGUGCUUGAAGAGUGCUUUGCUGGCAACCGUGCGCCACCUUUGCUGGAGGCAAUAAACAAAAACAGUCUCAUCAUAUUCCUGAUUGCAAAUGUCGCUACUGGUCUUAUCAACCUGUCGAUAAAGACGAUGUACACCUCCGGUGGAAAGGCGAUGCUUAUUCUUGGCGGUUACGCUUACGGUCUUUGUGCAUUUGCGUGGUUUUUCCGCAGUAGGCGUCUUUGGCGAUUUUAG